AUGACAACCCUGUUUAAUUCCUCCAAGGAGAUAGUGUUUGUGCUGCAUGGACUAAAAUUUAUGCAGACAAAUGGACACAUCUACUUUGUAUUUAUUCUUAUCCUAUAUCUCUUCACCAUUUUAACUAAUUUAACAUUGGUUUUUACUAUUGCCCUGGAGAAAAUGUUGCAUGACCCAAUGUAUUUAUUCCUCUGUAAUCUGUGUUUUAAUGGUAUCAUUGGCGCUUCAUCUUUCUACCCAAAAAUACUUUAUGAUAUUUUAUUUGACUCUCAUGUGAUAACAUACAUUGGGUGUUUGACCCAGGUAUUUGUAAUUUUUUUCUAUGUUUUUUGUGAAUGUACCAACUUAACAAUGAUGGCUUAUGACAGAUAUGUUGCCAUCUGUAAGCCACUCCACUACCACUGUAUUAUGACUAUUAGAAAAGUGUGGACACUGAUUCUUCUAACAUGGCUUUUCUCAUGGCUGGAAGUUGCAAUUGGAAUAGUGCUAACAGUUAGGUUACCCCUCUGUGGUGUUGACAUUGAUAAACUCUACUGCUCAAACUGGGAGGUUGUGAAGCUGUCAUGUUUUGACAGCAGUCUCAACAACAUCGCUGGCUAUUUUUUCAUGAUUUUUCACUUCUUUCAAGCAGUACUUAUCUUGAUAUCUUACAUAAACUUAAUCAAAGCAUCUCUGCGUUCACAGGCCACGAGGAGGAAGUUCAUGCAGACCUGUCUGCCUCAUCUGAUCACCCUGGCUAACUUCUUCAUAUCCAUAUUCUUUGAUUUGAUUUAUGCUCGUUAUGGCAGCAACACCAGUCUGUUGGCCCUGAGGAAUAUCAUGUCUGUGGAGUUUCUAGUUGUUCCUCCUCUGGUAAAUCCUAUCAUAUAUGGGAUGAACCUCAGUCAGAUUCGAAACAGGGUUCGACAGUUGUUCAGACGUAAAGUUGCUGCCUAACGAUUAGUCUUGUUCUCGGUCUUGUUACCUGUAGUAAUGGUUUUGGGGGAAAAAACUGCAU